CAACCCAAAAGGGAUGGAGCUCAGUCAGAUUCUGUAAUCAAGUCCCAACCAUAUAAAGGUACAAAUUUGAAAAGUUUCCGAGAUUAGGGUUCGUCUUUUCUCAAAGGGCGAUUUUGAUUCUUUCUCCAGAAUUGUCUUCGAAGUGUUUUCAUCAAUGUCGAAUCUUCCUAUUCUUCAGUAUGAAGAUAAAAUCAUAGAAACAGUUGAGAAAAAUGCAGUAGUAGUCAUAAUCGGAGAGACUGGCUCCGGGAAAAGUACCCAGCUUUCUCAGAUUCUUCUCCGGCGAGGUUACGCCAAUUCCGCCGCCAUCGCCGUCACUCAGCCCCGACGGGUCGCCGCCGUUUCCGUCGCCAGGCGGGUUUCUCAGGAACUCGGAGUUCGUCUAGGAGAAGAGGUUGGUUAUGCCAUACGUUUCGAGGAUAGAACUUCCGAGAAAACAAAAAUCAAGUAUCUUACUGAUGGAGUUCUCCUUCGUGAAAGUCUUUCGAAUACGAAACUUAGUCAUUAUUCCGUAAUCAUAUUGGAUGAAGCUCACGAAAGAAGUUUAAACACGGAUAUUUUGCUGGGCCUAAUGAAGCGCUUGAUUAAGCUUCGUGAAUCCAAUUUUAAGGUUCUUAUCACAUCGGCAACUCUUGACGGAGAGAAGGUGUCCAAAUUCUUUUAUGACUGCCCUGUGCUGAAUGUACCCGGAAAACUAUAUCCUGUGGAAAUAUUGUACAGCAAAGAACGUCCUGUAAGCUACAUUGAGUCAUCCCUGAAAACAGCAAUCGACAUCCAUGUCCGUGAGCCAGAAGGCGAUAUUUUGAUAUUCAUGACUGGACAGGAUGACAUUGAGAAAUUAGUGUCAAAGUUGGAGGAAAAAGUACGGAGUUUGGAGGAAGGAUCUUGUAUGGAUGCUGUUGUUUAUCCUCUUCAUGGAUCUUUACCACCUGAUAUGCAGGUUCGUGUGUUUAGCCCACCUCCUCCAAACUGUCGGAGAUUUAUAGUCGCUACAAAUAUUGCUGAAACCUCCCUUACUGUGGAUGGAGUUGUGUAUGUAAUUGAUUCAGGAUAUGUGAAGCAAAGGCAAUACAACCCAUCAACUGGAAUGUAUUCCCUUGAUGUUGUUCAGAUUAGCAAAGUUCAAGCUAAUCAACGAGUAGGACGAGCUGGCCGAACAAGGCCUGGAAAAUGCUAUCGACUAUACCCCACCGCAGUGUAUCGCGAUGAUUUCCUUGACGCAACCAUCCCUGAAAUACAACGAACUUCUCUUGCUGGGAGUGUUCUCUACUUAAAAUCGUUGGAUCUUAUCGAUAUGGAUAUAUUGAAAUUUGAUUUUCUUGAUCCUCCUUCUGUCGAGUCAUUGGAAGAUGCUUUGAAACAAUUGUAUCUCAUUGAUGCAAUUGAUGAGAAUGGAAUAAUAACAAGUAUUGGAAGAACAAUGGCGGAGCUUCCAUUGGAACCAUCCUUGUCAAGAACGUUGAUAGAGGCAAAUGAAAAUGGCUCUUUAUCCCAAGCAUUGACAGUAGUUUCCAUGUUGUCAGCAGAGACUACCCUACUUCCUGGUCGGAGCAAGCCUGCUGAAAAGAAGAGGAAGCACGAUGUUUCCAAUCUUCCAAAUGGAUCUGGAUUCGGUGAUCACAUCCAAUUGCUACAGAUUUUUGAAUGUUGGGAUCAUAACCACUAUGAUGUUGAGUGGUGCAAAGAGAAUGGCUUGCAGGUACGUGGAAUGAUGUUUGUGAAAGAUGUUAGGAAACAGUUGUGUCAGAUUAUGCAGAAAAUGUCAAAGGGUUCAUUGGACGUGCGAGCUCGUGGAAGGAAAGGUUCUAGCCAACAAGAGUACAGGAACUUGAGGAAGGCUCUAACUGUUGGUUACGCAAACCAGGUUGCCGAGAGAAUGUUUCACCACAAUGGCUACCGGACUCUUAGCUUUAAGCCGCAACUAGUCCAGGUACAUCCAUCGUCUGUGCUAAGUACAGAUGAAGAGGGAAUGUUUCCGGAUUACGUUGUGUAUCACGAACUCAUCUCUACAACAAAAGCCUUCAUGCGAAAUAUUUGCAAAAUAGAAAUGCCGUGGGUGAAUCCAAUUAAGAGGAAGCUCGAGAAAUUAAAUAUCAGAAAACUGAGUGGUGGAUCAGUUUGCUCGGCUGAUAAAUCUGAGGAGAAGUUGACAGGAUUGCCCGAGAACGACCCAAAAACAAUAGUCAUCCCUGAGAAUAUCGACAGUAAGAUACAAGCAGCCAAGGAACGAUUCCUUGCUCGUAAAGGGAAGAAAUAGUUGAGAGCUAACAGCUUCAAUGCAUAGACAUGACAGCAUUCCAAGAACUUGUCUUUGGGAAAAAAAAGGCAUGUCUUGCCAUUUUCGUCUGGCAGACAAUUUGAUAUAUGCAGCUUUAGAGAACAAUGAAUUAGGGUUCAGGCAAGUUUGGAUAUUUUUGAAAGGUUGGCUUUAAACGGAUGAAUUUGUAUGUGAAGGGUUUCUACAUUUA